CCAAAUCUCUACACCACAUUAUCUAGCCCACUUUGUCUAGAGGUUCAUUAUGAUAAUGCUUUAGUGCUUUUAACAGGAAUGGGUCCUGCAACCAUUCUGCUUCUCAGUCUUGGACUCUUACCAACUUUAUACCCCUAA